UUAUGGAGAGGCUGCAUGAAAAACACGGAGCUGUUUUUACUCAGGGCCACCUCCAAAGCAAAGCCCACCGGAGAGGAGGUGACAUUGUCUGUUGUCACCUCACGGUGCCACACGAGCCAGAGCUGGGUGCUGAGCAAAGGAGUUCCAGGUUUCUGGGCGGACAGGACGCCGGUGCACGAGGCGGCGCGGCGAGGGGAGAUCCUGCAGCUGCGGCAGCUGAUCGAGAGCGGCGCCUGCGUCAACGCCGUCACCUACGACUCCAUCACGCCCCUGCACGAGGCCAGCCUCAGGGGACAGGCCCAGUGUGUCAAACUGCUGCUGGACGCGGGUGCCCAGGUGGACGCGCGGAACAUCGACGGCAGCACGCCGCUGUGCGACGCCUGCGCCUCGGGCAGCAUCGAGUGCGUGCGGGUGCUGCUGUCGCACGGCGCCAAAGUCAACCCGCCCCUGUACACCGCCUCGCCCCUGCACGAGGCCUGCAUGAGCGGCAGCCCGGAGUGCGUGCAGCUGCUGAUCGAGGUGGGUGCCAACCUGGAGGCCCACGACUGCCACUUCGGGACCCCCCUGCACGUGGCCUGUGCCCGGGAGCACCUGGACUGUGCCAAGCUGCUGCUGCAGGCAGGAGCCAACGUGAACGCUGCCAAGCUGCACGAGACCGCGCUGCACCACGCGGCCAAGGUGCGCAACGUGGACCUGGUGCAGCUGCUGGUGGAGUUCGGGGGCAACAUCUACGCCCGGGACAACCGCGGCAAGAAACCCUCGGAUUACACCUGGAGCAGCAGCCCCACCGCCAAGUGCUUCGAGUUCUACGAGAAGACGCCGCUGAGCCUGGCGCAGCUGUGCCGUGUCACCGUGCGCCGCGCCGCCGGCCAGCGCGGCCUGGACAAGAUCUCCAAGCUGGAAAUUCCCCCCCGGCUCAUCCGGUACCUCUCCUACAACUGACCGAGCCGGGAACAGCCCAAAUCCCGGGAAAACCCCACGGGAUCUGGGAAUUCUCCUGCUCUUCUACCUCCCCCAGACCCCCUUUUAAUUUAAUUUCAGGCACUGCUGUAAAUAGGAAUUGUCAGGAUUUCUCCUCUUCCCUGUCAGCUUUUUUGGGAUUUCCCAGCUGGGGUUUCAAGUGGGAUUCCCUGAUUUUCCCAGAUUUCCUCGGUGGGAUCCAGCCAGGGGAGAGGGAAAUGGGAUAACUGGGGAGUGGGAAUCAUUCCAGCUGGGAAUUCCUUGCUCUGGAGCAGCUCUGAUCCCAUUUCUGAUCCCAUUUUUCCCAUUUCUGAUCCCAUUUUUCUCUGCACAGACUCCUCUGAUCCUACUUCUGAUCCCGUUUUUCCCAUUUUUCCCCAUUUUUCCCUGCAGAGAUCCCUCUGAUCCCAAUUUUCCCAUUUUUAUCCCAUCACCCAUCCCCUUCUGGAUGAUCCAGGACCCCUUUCCCUGCUGGCUGCAGAGGGACUGGGAGGGGAAAUCCUUGGAUUUGGAUGGGAUCCCACCCUUGGGAAUAACUCCAGGGACAGCUGCGAGCCCAGCUGGGGGCAAAUUAAUUCCCUGUUAAUUCAUUAAUUCCCUAAAUUAAUUCCCUAAAUUAACAAUUUCCUAAAUUAACAAUUCCCUAAAUUAAUUCCCUAAAUUAAUGAUUCCUAAAUGAAUUCCCUAAAUUAAUGAUUCCUAAAUGAAUUCCCUAAAUUAAUGAUUCCCUAAAUGAAUUCCCUAAAUGAACGAGCUCAGGGCUAAUUAGAGGCACUGCAGCUCAUUUAUUUAGGGAAUUUUUAGGGUUUUCCAGGAGCAUCCAGAGGCUUUGGAUCAACACCAGGAAUGAGGAGAGGCCUGGGAUUGGCUGUGUCCCAUCCCCAUUCCCAAUCCCAUUCCCAUUCCCCAUUCCAGGACAUUCCCUGAUCCCAAAUUUGAUUUCCCCCUCCCUGGAGAUCCCAUGGGAUGCAGCAGGACUGGGCUCUGCCUGGAAAUUUGGGAAUUUUGGGAUUGAUUUCCCCCCCUUUGGAGCUCUUUUCCCAAUGCCAGUUUGGGAUUGGGAUUCCAGGGAUUGGGAUUGGGAUUCCAGGCCUGAAUCCCAGCUGGGAUUCUCCUCCCCAUUCCAGCUUUUCCAUUUUUCCCACUAAUCCCGGAAAUCCCCAGGAGGACAAAUUCCUGCAGAAAUCCUGGAAUUCCCUGGGAUGCAGGCUGGGAAUGCUGAGCUGGGGCCGAAUGCACUUUAUGGGGUUUAAUUUCUAUUUUAUUUCUUCCUCCCUGCCCCUUUUCAGCCAGAAAAUCCCAAAAUCCCAAACCCUGCUGUUCUCAUCCCGAUUUUUGGGCUGGGAUUCCCAAAAUUGUGGAACUGGGGAAGCUCAGGGAUGCCCCAGAGGGGUUUUUUUGGGUUUUUUUGUGGGAUUCAUCCCUGGGAACGGCAGGAAAAAGGUUUUGUGGGAUAAUUCAGGGAUCCCAAAGCCCUUUCCAGAGUUCCCACAUCUGUUUUUAGGGAUCCCAAGUCCCUUUUCUGGGUCCCAAAUCCCUUUUUAGGGUUCCCAAAUCCCUUUUUAGGGAUCCCAAGUCCCCUUUUAGGGUUCCCAGAUCCCUUUUUAGGGUUCCCAAAUCCCUUUUAGGGAUCCCAAAUCCCUUUUCAGGGUCCCAAAUCCCUUUUUAGGGAUCCCAAGUCCCCUUUUAGAGUUCCCAAAUCCCUUUUUAGGGUUCCCAAUUUGUCUUUAGGGAUCCCACAUCCAUUUUUAGGGAUCCCAAAUCCCUUUUCAGGGUCCCACAUCCCUUUUUAGGGAUCCCAAGUUCCCUUUCAGUGUUCCCACAUCCCUUUUUAGGGUUCCCAAAUCCCUUUUAGGGAUCCCAAGUCCCUUUUUAGAGUUCUCAGAUCCCCUUUAGGGAUCCCAAAUCCCUUUUCAGGGUCCCACAUCCCUUUUUAGGGAUCCCAAGUUCCCUUUUAGUGUUCCCAAAUCCCUUUUUAGGGUUCCCAAUUUGCCUUUAGGGAUUCCAAAUUUCUUUUUAGGGUUCCCAGAUCCCUUUUUAGGGUUCCCAAAUCCCUUUUAGGGAUCCCAAAUCCCUUUUCAGGGUCCCACAUCCCUUUUUAGGGAUCCCAGGUUCCCUUUCAGUGUUCCCAAAUCCCUUUUUAGGGUUCCCAAUUUGCCUUUAGGGAUUCUAAAUUUCUUUUUAGGGAUCCCAGAUCCCUUUUUAGGAUCCCAAAUCCCUUUUUUAGGGAUCCCAAAUCCCUUUUUAGGUUCCCAAAUCCCUUUUUAGGUUCCCAAAUCCCCUUUUUAGGGAUCCCAGAUCCCUUUUUAGGGAUCCCAAAUCCCUUUUUAGGUUCCCAAAUCCCUUUCUGGGUGGUUUUUCCAACCCUCCCCACACCAGUAGAAUAAUGGAAUUACAAAUUCCAAGUUUUUCUUGGAAAAACAAAAAUAUUCCUUGGAGAACCCACAAAGAAUUCCCCAAGUCCCGUGGAUUCCAUCUUCAUUUUCCCUGAUUUUGGAGCUUUUUUGGGGAUCCCGAAGUUUGGGUGUUUUUAUUUCAAAUCCUUUGCAGGAAUUCCUGCUGCUGGGAUUUAGGAGAGCUCCAGGCACCAUCCUGGAAUUCCAGCUUGGAAAACUGGGAAUGAUUUGUGGGCUGUGGCCUCUCCUGAUCCAUGAAUUGCUGGGAGUAAUUCCAUUUAUCCCAUUAAUUCCAAUUCCAAGCCAAUCCCAGUUUAUUUGAUCCCAGCUGGAAUUUUUUGUGAUCUUCCCUGCAUGACCCAAAUCCCUCUUGGAUCACAGGGCCUGGGGGGUCUUUUCCAGAUUUGGGGAUUUCUGGGAAUGCCAGAAGCAGCUGGAUCCUUGGAAUAAUGGGAAUAAACUCCUGGAUUGGGCCUCGUUGGUUUUUGGGUCACUUUGGGACAAUCCCUUCACCCUUUAUUCCCAAAUCCUGGAUCAAUCCCAAAUCCCACCAGGCUGUUCCUGCUUUAACCUCCUCUUCCCAGGCUUCCCAAAUUCCAAACCCAGCUGAAAAUUUCGGGAUAAUUCCUCUUCCCUGUGGGUUUCCUGUGGAUCCAGCAGGGCAGGGAAUGAUCCAACAUAAAAAAUUCCAGCUGGGAAUGAGGAUUUGUCUUCAUCCAUGGAAAUCUUUGGGAUUUCUCCUGGCUGGAAUUUGGAUUGGAGAAGGGGAGCUGGAUCCUGGCAGCUUUUCCCAAAAUUGGAAUUUUAUCCCGGGAAAACAAGGUGGGAUUGGAGCCAUUCCUUGGGAAGCUGGAGAAUUUCACUCCUGGAUCCCCUGGAUGAGGGAAAUCCCUGCAGGGUUUGUGCUGCAGCAUCCCAAAUCCCUGGAAAAACCAGGAUUGGGAUUCCUGUUUUUCACCUCCGGGGGUUUUGGUGUGAGGGGAAAAAAUUCCCAGGAGUUUUCCUGAGCUUUGCAUCCCUCAGAUCCUCUGGAAUGGGGCAGGAGCAAAGCUGGAAUUCUGUCCCACCUCUGGCUUUGGGAAUAAAUCCACCCAAACACCGAAAUUCCGGAGGAUUUCCCUGAGCUUUUCCACAGAUCUUUUUGGUGCCCAUCCCAAAUUUUUGGCUGGAUUUGGGGAGUCGGGAGAAAAUCCCUGGAGCACCAGAACGUGGUUUUAACCCCAAAAUUGACAUUUUCCAACUCCAACCCAGCCCUCAGACCCACAGGAGGGAUCCAAUCCCACGGAUUUAUUGGGAUUUCUGGAGAACAGGAUUAAUCCUUUGGCUUUUCCCGCCUCUCCCACACAUCACCAAGGAGAAAAUCCCGAAAAAACCCCAAAUUCCCUCGCUUUGAGACGGGUCCUGAGCUUUUGGUGGUGCCCUGAUCUGGAUUUUCCCUGGAUUCAUGUGCUGGAAAGGGGAAGAACUCAGUGCUGGGAAUUUGGGCACCUGGAAUUCAUUCCUGGUAAAAGCUCAGGAAGGGUUCGGGUUAUUCCUGAUUAAAAUUCACUCUGGAAAAGUC